AUGACACCCGGAGAACUAGCCCUCAUCAGCGGCAACCACACUCCAGUUACCAAGUUCAUCUUGCUGGGAUUCUCCAAUUAUCCAGACUUCCAGGAGCUUCUCUUUGGAGGCUUCCUGCUCAUCUAUGCCAUCACAGUGGUGGGCAACCUGGGAAUGGUGGCACUCAUCUUCCUAGAUGCCCGUCUCCAUAGCCCCAUGUAUUUCUUCCUCAGUGUCCUCUCCUUCCUUGACGUCUGUUACUCUUCCGUGAUCACACCCAAGCUCUUAGUCAAUCUUCUGGCCUCUGACAAGUCCAUCUCUUUCAAGGGCUGUGUAGUCCAGAUGACCUUCUUUGUAAUGCAUGCGACAGCUGAGAGCUUCCUGCUGGCCUCCAUGGCCUAUGACCGCUUCAUGGCCAUCUGCCAACCCCUCCAUUAUGGUUCUAUCAUGACCAAGGGGACCUGUCUCCAGCUGGUGGCUGUUUCCUAUGCCUUUGGUGGAGCCAACACCGCUAUCGAGACUGGGAAUGUCUUUUCCCUGCCUUUCUGUGGACCCAACAAGGUAACACACUACUUCUGUGACAUAAAACCCCUUCUCCAGCUGGCCUGUGCCAACACAGCCACAGCAGGAGUGGUCCUUUACGUCUUCUCUGCUCUGGUCACCCUCCUGCCUGCUGCAGUCAUCCUCACCUCUUACAGCUUGGUCUUGGUGGCCAUUGGGAACAUGCGCUCAGCAGCUGGGCGGAAGAAGGCCCUCUCCACAUGUGCCUCCCACUUCCUGGCCAUUGCUGUUUUCUAUGGCACUGUAGUCUUCACCUAUGUCCAACCCCAUAGAUCCACUAACAAUACCAAUAGCCAAGUAGUGUCCGUCUUCUACACCAUCAUAAUUCCCAUGCUCAACCCCUUCAUCUAUAGCCUCCGCAACAAGGAGGUGAAGGGCGCCCUGCAGAGGAAGCUCCAGAUCAACAUCUUUCCCUGCUGAGCCCCGCAAGGUUGUUUGUUGCAAAGAGAAAGACAUAGCAUCUUCCAAAUCACGUUAUGAAUUGACCUAACCAAGACCAGCCCUGGUUUUGACGGAAGUACUAGAAGUAAAGGAGAAACAGCAAAUAUCCUUUGCAGUUAACAAAACGUCUUCUUAGUCACUACGAUAUUGAAUUCUCACCACCACAUUGUGAGACAGCCAUUGUUACCAUGAUCCUAUUUUAAAAAUGAAGGAUACAGGACUCAGAAAAAAUAAGUCAAUUACCGAAAGUCAUACAGUUAGUGAGAGAAUGAGUAUUUGACAUCAGGGCUUCUACAUCGAGACCAGAGAUAUUGCAAAUAUAUCACAGCCACGACUUAAGUGUCUAUUGGCAGCUCAUCAUAACUUGCAAGAAACAUCAGACAAAGCACAACACAAUCACUUCUGUUUUGCCACUGAUUUAGUGGGCUGGGAGUGGGCAAUAAAUGACUCAGUCCUUUUUUCCUCUUGUAAAAAGAAAGAUAAACAGGAUAGAGAUGUCCUUAUUUCUUAUUGCAACUACGGUGUGCUGAGCUGUCUCAGUAUAACAUCAGGAUCCAGAGAGAUCUUUCCUUGUACACCUGUAUCCUAGCCAGAUGUAUGUGCCUGUCUCAUAAUUCUCAAGGGUAUGUG